GGGUUGCGGCCGGAAGUGGAGAUUUUGAAUCUUGCAGGCCGUUGGAUGGGGAUGUUGCUGUUGUCGCAGCGCGAGAACUGAAAAGUGGCCCGACGCUUCUGGAACGUCUGGCCGCGCCGUGUAAAAUGAAUGAAAAUAAACCAAGUGACUCACGGACUCUAGCUUGUGUUUUCUGUCGAAAAAAUGAUGAUUGUCCUAAUAAAUAUGGAGAAAAGAAAAUUAAUGAGAAAUGGAAUCUCACUGUACAUUACUAUUGUUUGUUGAUGUCAAGUGGAAUUUGGCAAAGAGGUAAAGAAGAAGAAGGAGUUUAUGGUUUCCUAAUAGAAGACAUAAGGAAAGAAGUGAAUAGAGCUUCUAAACUGAAAUGCUGUGUUUGCAAGAAAAGUGGUGCUUCAAUUGGAUGUGUUGCACCUCGAUGUAAACGAAGUUAUCAUUUCCCGUGUGGACUUCAGAGAGAAUGUAUUUUCCAGUUCACUGGAAAUUUUGCGUCAUUUUGUUGGAACCAUCGACCUGUUCAAAUAAUUACACCUAAUAAUUAUAGAGAAUCCGUACCAUGCACCAUUUGCUUGGAGUUUAUUGAGCCUAUUCCAACUUAUAGCAUAUUACGAAGUCCUUGUUGUAAAAAUGCUUGGUUUCAUAGAGACUGUUUACAGGUUCAAGCAAUAAAUGCAGGAGUGUUUUUCUUUAGGUGCACAGUAUGCAAUAAUAGUGACAUAUUUCAGAAAGAGAUGUUGAGAAUGGGAAUUCAUAUUCCUGAAAAAGAUGCAUCUUGGGAAUUAGAAGAAAAUGCUUAUCAAGAGCUUCUGCAGCACUAUGAGCAUUGUGAUGUACGAAGAUGUCGUUGCAAGGAAGGGCGAGACUAUAAUGUGCCUAAUAGCAAAUGGGAAAUAAAGCGUUGUCAAUCUUGUGGUUCUAGUGGAACACAUUUAGCCUGUUCCUCACUACGAUCGUGGGAACAAAAUUGGGAGUGUUUGGACUGUAGAGGUAUUACCUACAACUCAGGGGGUUUCCAAAAAGCCAAAAAACAUACAUUACCCAACACUAACAAUGUUGGAAUAAAUGAUUGCUUGUUGGAAGAAUCAUCACCUAAAUUACCCAGACAGUCACCUGGACCCCAGCAAAAAGAUCUGCUGAGGCAAGGCAACAAAUUUAGGAGAGACAUUUCAACAAUAAUUAUAGAGCUAGGAUUUCAAAUUAUUAAAAAAACAAAAAGAUUAUAUAUCAACAAAGCCGAUAUCUGGAAUAGUGCCUUAAAUGGAUUCAGAAAUCAAAAGUUUAAUCCUUCAUACACAAUUGAAGUUGCAUAUGUUAAUGAAAAUGAUAAUUUUGGAACAGAGCAUCCUGGAUCAAAGCAAGAAUUCCUAAGUCUUUUAAUGCAACAUCUUGAGAACUCACCAUUGUUUGAAGGGUCCUUGUCAAAGAAUUUGUCCCUAAAUUCUCAAGCUCUGAAAGAGAAUCAUUACUAUGAAGCUGGCAAAAUGCUUGCCAUUUCUUUGGCUCAUGGUGGUCCUUCACCUGGUUUUUUUUCUAAAACUUUGUUUAACUGCCUUGUUUUUGGACCAGAAAAUACUUUUCCAACUUUAGAUGAUGUUUCAGACUUUGAUGUGGCACAGAUUUUAAUCAGGAUAAAUAGUGCAACAAAUGUAGCUGACUUAAACUCAAUUAUGAAUGAAUGCUAUAACUACCUAGAGCUUAUUGGAUGUCUAAGAAUUAUAACAUCAUUAAGUGACAAAUAUUUAUUGGCAAAAGACAUACUUGCUUACCAUGUAAUUAAAAGAGUCCAAGCACCUUUUGAAAGUUUUAAGCAGGGUCUGAAAACUCUUGGAGUUUUGGAGAAAAUUCAGACUUAUCCAGAAGCAUUUUAUAGCAUCUUCUGUCAUAAACCUGAGAAUCUUUCUGCAAAAAUGCUUAGAGAUCUUUUUACAGUACACACAUGUGACGCACAGUCUUUGGGAUUUUGGAACAGUUACUUACAGGCUGUUGAGGAUGGUAAAUCUGCAACAACAUUGGAAGACAUUCUUAUUUUUGCAACUGGUUGCAAUUCCAUUCCACCUGCUGGAUUUAAACCCACUCCUUCAGUUGAGUGCCUUCAUAUGGAUUUUCCUGUUGGAAACAAGUGUAAUAACUGUUUAGCUCUUCCAAUUACCAAUACAUAUAAAGAAUUUCAAGAAAAAAUGGACUUUUCCAUAAGAAACACUUUAAGACUAGAAAAAGAAGAAAGCUCUCACUACAUUGGACAUUAAGAUGUUUUGAACAAAGAGAUGCUUCUUUAAAGCUGCUAUUGAUAUUUUUGUUUCAGAAAUCUGUCCAUUAUCACUUUUGAACAAACUUGUCAGCUUCUUGGUCCAAUAAAAUUUAUGAUGUGAAUAUUAAGGAAUGUUUUGGCCAUUUAAACUAAAAAAAUUUUGUUAAGGUAUACCAUUUAAAGUUGAUGAUGUUUUUCUAUUUUGUUAGUAUACAUGCUUUAUAAUGUUCAAUAUAAAUUUUUUUAGAAUGGCUGUUAGACUUUCUUCAAGCAUAGUAGCAUGGUAUAUAUAAGAAAAAAACUUUUACUCACUAUUUUUGUAAAAUUGGAUUAGCUAUAGGAUGCCACAUUUCAAAUUAUUAUUUUAUUUUAAAGCAUUAAAUGGAAAAGCUAAUUGAUAAAUUCUGUUAUAUAAAUCAAAGGCACAUAUUCUGGGGUAUGUGUUACAUAUAUCCUUUUCUAGGAUGGCACUAAAUUGGUUGUUAAAAAUGUUAUUUUUAGAUUACUGAUUAUAUUAAAAUAGACCCACACUGCAAUUAGAUUAUGCCUAAGGAAGUACGUAUUACAGAAAAAGCGGAAUUGCACAAAUAUUCUAUAAUCUAUGGACAUUCCAUAGUCUUAAAAAUACUCUUGAGGUGGAUAAAAAUAUAUUAAAAAGUGUAUUCUUUAAAGCCUUGGCUUUAAUCAUAGGAGUUUUUCCCCAUGUUAGAUCCAUACUCAUUUCAGGUAUCUGAAUGAUAUCUGUGGGUUGUCAUAUGGUGGUUUGGCUAUUUGACAGGUAUUUAUUUUUAAGAUGAUAGUAUGAUAGGUAAGCUCGCACCAUUGCUUUACUGCUAUUUUUUUUGCUCUUGAAAGGUAUCUGUUAUUUUAUAGGUAAUGUAGAAAUUUGUAAGAAAGAAAUACAAAUAGAAUGGAAAACCCACUCUAAUCUCACCAUGCAGAAUUAACUGAUGUGUUUCCGCCUUUCCUUCUACAAACUCUUUUGUUCCAUUUACUAAAAGUAACAAGAAACUAUGUAAGAACAAUUUGAAGUUUAUGUCCCCAUCCAUAGUCAUGUCACCAUAAUUAUAUACACUUUCACAAAAGAAGAAAUUGGAAAAGUCUAAUUUUUAUAAUGUUAUCAAAUAUAAAUGGGUUUUCCACCAAAGUAAAUCAUAUGAGAGGUAAAUUGCUUAGUUGCAACCACAUUUUUCUUCUUUUUCUUUUUUUAAAAUAUUGAUUUCAGGGAGGAAUGGAGAGGGAGAGAGAGAGAUAGAAACAUCAAUGAUGAGAAUCAUUGAUCAGCUGCCUCCUGCACGCCCCCUACUGGGGAUUGAGCGGGCAACCCGGGCAUGUACCCUUGACCAGAAUCGAACCCAGGACCCUUCAGUCCGCAGAGUGAUGCUCUAUCUGCUGAGCCAAACCAUCUAGGGCCACAUUUGUCCUGAUACACAAAAUAGGUGUCAGCUAUCAUCAUAUUCUCAUUUUCCCUGAGAAACAUCCCUAAGUUAUUGAUUUUUGUUGUUAAUCCUCACCUGAGGAUAUUUUUUACAUUGAUUUUUUAGAGAGAGUGGGAGGGAGGGAGAAGGGGAAAGAGAGAAAAAGAAACAUUGAUGCAAGAAAGAGACAUUGAUUGGUUGCUACCUGCACAUGCCUCAGCCAGCCAGGGAUUGAAGCUGAGACCCUUCCAUGCUUGGGCCAGUGCUCUAACCAUUGAGCAUGCCAGCCAGGGCAGUUAUUGAUAUUUUUAAAGAAAAAUAAAGGGAUUGACUUGAUAUUGGUAAUAUAUCUCUUAAUACCAAAAGAAAAGUAAAGCAUAGUCCUAGUGUACUUUUCUUUGUUAUACUUACUAACAGACCCAGCAAAGUAAAGUUUCACUUUCAUUUAAAAUCUUUAAGAACAUUAAGGUAUUUCUUUGUCUUUUGUUAAAUUUUUAAUUAUUGAAAGUAAUUAAAAGGACCUAUUAUUAAAAAAGGAUUUGAAUAUCUAAUAUAAACCUCAAACUUGCCAUAUAGCUUUUAUUUAAAAUGUUUUGAUAGAUUGGCUACUUCAUUCUUUAAUCUACCAAGUUUUAUGAACUUUAAAAAGCCUCUAAAGCCCUGACUGGUUUGGCUCGGUGGAUAGAGCGUCGGCCUGCGGACUGAAGGGUCCCAGGUUCGAUUCCAGUCGAGGGCAUGUACCUCGGUUGUGGGCACAUCCCCAGUAGGGGUUGUGCAGGAGGCAGCUGAUUGAUGUUUCUCUCUCAUCAAUGUUUCUAGCUCUCUAUCCCUCUCCCUUCCUCUCUAUAAAAAAUCAAUAAAAUAUAUUUAAAAAAAAUAAAACUCAAAAAAAAAUCUUUUUAAAAAAGCCACUAAAACAGUACAAACAAAAUCUAAAUAAAUUUAUGGUUAUUUGUAGUUUUAAUUAAUUUCCCCUGCAGCAGUAAUUUAGCUGAUGAUUACUGUCACUUUUUAGGUGGGGAGGGAUGGAUGGGAGAGAAGGGCGGGGUUUGGCUACAAUUAAAAACAUUAUGGUAUUUCAAUUCCUCCUUUCACUGAUUUUAUGUGUAGACAAGGCCUUCGGGAUAAGGUGGUAUAAAUAAUCAUAGGAUAGGCACAGUUUAAACUGAAGCAUAAGUAUUCAUAUUGAAAAAUGUUUUCUGCAUGCCAUUUAAGGAUGUUACAUUAGUAUGAUGUUUUAAGUAUUAAUCUGUUUAAUCAGGGCAUAUCAGAGAAACUUGUAGGUUGUUUUCUGCAGUGUUACAAUGUCAAGUGGUAUUACGGUUUUUUUCUAUUGUUAUAGCCAGUGCACAAUUCUUACUAAUGUUGAUUUUAAAAAGGAAUAAUGCUAUAAUCCUUUGUAAAUAUGUGUAUGUCUUAAAUAUCUUAAACUAAAUGCCAUAUAUUUCAAGCUUGUUUCCUAUUGUUCUCAAUGUCAAGAAAAAUCAAACUUUUGCCUAUUAUGCAUCUACUUUUAAUGGUCUUUGGUUGGUUUUAUAUUCAUUGUUUUAAAAGCUUUACACUUUUUGGUGUGAGAACUUCAUUUGAAAGUCUUUUACAUAAUUAUCUACAAUUAUACUUGGUUGUUUUAAGGUAAAUAUCCUUUAAAAUAUCAGAAACUAGCUUAUGAUUUUAUAUUUUGUCAUAUUUAAUUCCUAUUUUAUGAAUAAGCCAUUCUCUGUUUGGGUCAAGUAAAAAGCCUUCAUUUGAUUACUAACUUGAGAAAUAAAUCAUUUUGGCUUCUACUUUA